UCCGCGCCCGGGCCGCCGAGGGGAGAGGAGCCCGCGCCUCGAGUGCCCGAGCCGCCGCGGCUCCUCGCCUUUCCCGGCCACCCGCCCCCUGCCCCGGGCCUGCGUAUGAAUCUCCUGGACCCCUUCGUGAAGAUGACCGACGAGCAGGAGAAGGGCCUGUCCGCCGCCCCCAGCCCCACCAUGUCCGAGGACUCGGCGGGCUCGCCCUGCCCUUCGGGCUCCGGCUCCGACACGGAGAACACGCGGCCCCAGGAGAACACGUUCCCCAAGGGCGAGCCGGACCUGAAGAAGGAGAGCGAGGAGGACAAGUUCCCCGUCUGCAUCCGCGAGGCCGUCAGCCAGGUGCUCAAGGGCUACGACUGGACGCUGGUGCCCAUGCCGGUGCGCGUCAACGGCUCGAGCAAGAACAAGCCGCACGUCAAGCGGCCCAUGAACGCCUUCAUGGUGUGGGCGCAGGCGGCGCGCAGGAAGCUGGCCGACCAGUACCCGCACCUGCACAACGCCGAGCUCAGCAAGACGCUGGGCAAGCUCUGGAGACUGCUGAACGAGAGCGAAAAGCGGCCGUUCGUGGAGGAGGCGGAACGGCUGCGCGUGCAGCACAAGAAGGACCACCCGGACUACAAGUACCAGCCGCGCCGGAGGAAGUCGGUGAAGAACGGCCAGGCCGAGGCCGAGGAGGCCCCGGAGCAGACGCACAUCUCGCCCAACGCCAUCUUCAAGGCGCUGCAGGCCGACUCCCCGCACUCCUCCUCCGGCAUGAGCGAGGUGCACUCCCCCGGCGAGCACUCGGGGCAAUCCCAGGGUCCGCCGACGCCCCCCACCACCCCCAAAACCGACGUGCAGCCGGGCAAGGCCGACCUGAAGCGCGAGGGGCGCCCCCUGCCAGAGGGGGGCCGGCAGCCCCCCAUCGACUUCCGCGACGUGGACAUCGGCGAGCUGAGCAGCGACGUCAUCUCCAACAUGGAGACCUUCGACGUCCACGAGUUCGACCAGUACCUGCCGCCCAACGGGCACCCGGGGGUGCCGGCCACGCACGGCCAGGUCACCUACACGGGCAGCUACGGCGUGAGCAGCACGGCGGCCAGCCCGGCGGGCGCAGGCCACGUGUGGAUGUCCAAGCAGCAGGCGCCGCCGCCGCCGCCCCCGCAGCAGCCGCCGCCGCCCCCGCCGCAGCCGGCCCCGCCGCAGGCGCCCCCGCAGCCGGCCCCGCCGCAGGCCGCCCCGCCGCAGGCCGCCCCGCCGCAGGCGCCCCCGCAGCCGCCGCCGCCGCCGCCGGCGCACGCGCUGGGCGCGCUGGGCAGCGAGCCGGGCCCCGCGCAGCGAACGCACAUCAAGACCGAGCAGCUGAGCCCGAGCCACUACAGCGAGCCGCAGCAGCACUCGCCGCAGCAGAUCGCCUACAGCCCCUUCAGCCUCCCGCACUACGGCCCCUCCUACCCGCCCAUCACGCGCGCGCAGUACGACUACAGCGACCCCCAGAACUCGGGCGCCUACUACAGCCACGCGGCCGGCCAGGGCUCCGGCCUCUACUCCACCUUCAGCUACAUGAGCCCGGCGCAGCGGCCCAUGUACACGCCCAUCGCCGACACCUCGGGGGUGCCCUCCAUCCCGCAGACCCACAGCCCGCAGCACUGGGAACAGCCGGUCUACACACAGCUCACCAGACCCUGA